CAAGUGUCAAGUAUAACUUCACUCAAAGAUUUUUAGAUCUAAAAAAAAAACACAGCUUCAUAGAUAAUGGAAGAUUUGAAGUUAAUUGGUGUAUGGUAUAGCCCUUUUGUUUGCAGAGUUAAAUGUGCUCUACAGUUGAAAGGUGUAAAAUAUGAAUACAUAGAAGAUGAUCUUUCCAACAAGAGCGAUUUACUCUUGCAAUACAACCCGAUUCACAAGAAGGUCCCUGUUCUUCUUCACGGUGGAAAACCCAUUGUUGAAUCGUUGAUCAUUCUCGAAUACAUCGACGAGACAUGGCCAGACAAAUACUCAAUACUCCCCAAAGAUCCUUUUGAAAGAUCUAAAGCUCGUUUCUGGACCAAACUCAUGGGAGACCAGGAAUCAACUUUUUGGAGUUUAAUUAAAACUACUGAGGAAACAAAAGAGAAAAAAAUCAAUGAAAUUUUGCAAAUACUGAAAACUAUUGAAGAACAUGGCCUGGGUGACAAGAAAUUUUUCAGCGGAGAUGAUUUCGGAUUCGUAGACUUAGCAUUUGGAACCUUCAUGCGCUGGUUAAAAGUAGCUGAAGAGAUCAAAGACGUGAAGGUAUUUGAAACUUGUACACGUCUGCAGGCAUGGUUUGAAAGGUUUAAUGAAGUGCCUGUAGUCAAAGAAAACUUACCAAGUCAGGAUGAAUUGGUGGCUCACUACAAACUUAAAUUCUGUAUUGGUUGAAGUAGCAUGGCUAGAGUUGUUGUAUCAGUCAAUUAGCUUGAAAUUUCAUUAAGAAGGUUAUAGCUUCUUAGUUCUUGUAACUUCGUCUUUUAUAGCUAAAUAAAGUGUGAGAUUUCAAGUAUCAAGUAUAUGAACUUGUACAAUACAGUGACUACACAGUACGGAGAAACACCAAUCUCUUUCACUUACUAUCACAACAGGAGUUAGUAUUCUAAAAAAAUUUGUCUUGUAACUUCCUCUUUUAUUGCUAAAUAAAGUGUGAGAUUUCAAGUA